GGCGCUACCAUGGCGCGGUGAGGGAGCGGGGGUGGGGAUCGGUCCGGGGGAGGCCUGGGGCCGCUGGCUUGUGCGCCGUCUCGGCCGCCCCCCCUUUCGCCGCCGCCGCCGCCGCCGCCGCCGCCGCCGCCCCGGGCAUGUCGUCCAACUGCACCAGCACCACGGCGGUGGCGGUGGCGCCGCUCAGCGCCAGCAAGACCAAGACCAAGAAGAAGCAUUUCGUGUGCCAGAAAGUGAAGCUAUUCCGGGCCAGCGAGCCGAUCCUCAGCGUCCUGAUGUGGGGGGUGAACCACACGAUCAAUGAGCUGAGCAAUGUCCCUGUCCCUGUCAUGCUAAUGCCAGAUGACUUCAAAGCAUACAGCAAGAUCAAGGUGGACAAUCAUCUCUUCAAUAAGGAGAACCUCCCCAGCCGCUUUAAGUUUAAGGAGUACUGCCCCAUGGUGUUCCGAAAUCUCCGGGAGAGGUUUGGGAUUGAUGAUCAGGAUUACCAGAAUUCAGUGACACGCAGCGCCCCCAUCAACAGUGACAGCCAGGGCCGAUGUGGCACACGUUUUCUCACCACCUAUGACCGGCGCUUUGUCAUCAAGACUGUGUCAAGUGAGGAUGUGGCUGAGAUGCACAACAUCUUAAAGAAAUACCACCAGUUCAUAGUGGAGUGUCAUGGCAACACCCUUUUGCCCCAGUUCCUGGGCAUGUACCGCCUGACCGUGGAUGGCGUGGAAACCUACAUGGUGGUCACCAGGAAUGUGUUCAGCCACCGGCUCACUGUACACCGCAAGUAUGACCUCAAGGGUUCCACUGUUUCCAGAGAAGCGAGUGACAAGGAGAAGGCCAAGGACUUGCCGACAUUCAAAGACAAUGACUUCCUCAAUGAAGGGCAGAAGCUGCAUGUGGGAGAGGAGAGUAAAAAGAACUUCCUGGAAAAACUGAAACGGGAUGUAGAGUUCCUGGCCCAGCUGAAGAUCAUGGACUACAGCCUGCUAGUGGGCAUCCAUGACGUGGACCGGGCCGAGCAGGAGGAGAUGGAGGUGGAGGAGCGGGCAGAGGACGAGGAGUGUGAGAAUGACGGGAUGGGCGGCAACCUGCUCUGCUCCUAUGGCACGCCUCCAGAUAGCCCUGGCAACCUCCUCAGCUUUCCCCGGUUCUUUGGUCCUGGGGAAUUCGAUCCCUCUGUUGAUGUCUAUGCCAUGAAAAGCCAUGAAAGUGCCCCCAAGAAGGAGGUCUAUUUCAUGGCCAUCAUCGAUAUCCUCACGCCGUAUGAUGCUAAGAAGAAAGCUGCACAUGCUGCCAAAACGGUGAAACAUGGGGCGGGGGCCGAGAUCUCGACUGUGAACCCUGAGCAGUACUCCAAACGCUUCAACGAGUUCAUGUCCAACAUCCUGACAUAGUUACCUUCCACCUUCAGCCAGAGCCAGAGAGCUGGAUGUGGGGUCGGGCUUGGAAGAGGGAGAAGGUGUAUUUGGGCUGGAUGGGAGGGUGGGGGCAGAGUGGGGGGUAGGGGAGGGCUUUAGCAAUGAGACUGCAGCCGGUGACACAGAGACUAGCUGGGGAGGAGGGGAUGUGCUGUGUGUGCACGUGCUCACAGGAUGUAGCCUCACCUGCUUACCCUUGAUUUUUUUCCCCCCACUUGACCCAGGUUAAAAAGGGGUUUCCUUUCUGUUACCUUGUAACCUUGUAAGAUACCUUGGGGCUAGAGAUGACUUUGUGGGUUUAUUUAGGUUUUGUUUCUGAAAUUUCAUUGCUCCAGGUUUGCUAUUGAUAAUGAUGUAUGUCAUCACCCUAUCCACCCUCCCCAUCCCUGCCCUGCUCUCAGUUCCUUUCAAUUAAAGAGGCACCCCAUAGACCUGGCCAGGGGUCCCUCAGAGCAAAGUGCUCUAACGCCAGAGGAGAGGAGGUCAGACACCUCAGCCCUGCUGCAUUUGAUCUUGUCUGGAUUAACUUUUUAAUUUUAUGGAGUAUUGUGCACAGCUUCCUCCACCUUUCCCUCGGAUCCAAGUGAAAUGUUACAUGAUUCCUCCAUCUAAAUGCUGUCCUCCCCAAGGAACACUCCAGAUCAACAUCAGGCAUCUUGGAUGGGAAUCAGAGACCUCAAAGGGGAGUGAGUUUAUCCUCAUGGGAUGGUGAGGGGUCGGGGGAGCUGCUGGGCUCUUGGACAGCUGGUUCUCAGAGAACCCGUGAUUAUCACCAAAGCCCCUGGGCUCUCUCACUCUGGAGUUCAGAUGUCCUCUCUAUAAAGCCUGCUUCCCACUGGAUCAAGAGGAAAGCACCUUUCGAUGUAACAGGACCCUUGUGCUAAAAUGAUUAUUUUCCCUUGGGGAAACCCUGGAAGCUGAUGAGUAUCAAAUGAGGUCUUGUGCCCUCCAUUCACUGACUUCCUUCUGACCUUCUGCCAGGCACCCUCACUUGCAGAUGAGCUUUUAGCUGGGGGCAGAUCUCCACACACCUAGGGUGCUCCUUGCAGAGACACCUCUUCAGGCCCCAAGGCUACCAUGUAGGUAAUCUGACUCCUUGUGCCUGUGGUUUGUCACCUGGAUGGUUAUGGCCAGCAGGGAGUGGUGCCCUCCACCUUAGAGUGUGGUGCCCAAGCCCGAGGUUGCUUCUGAGUCACUUGAGGAUGUGACCCAGGAAAUCCCAUUUGGAGGCUUGAUGUGGGAUUCGACCUGGCCCCCAACCUUGGGGCCGUUUUUCCUUGAUGCCCCCCACCCUAGACUUUUAGCAAAUCUGCUACCCACAGCUUCCUCAGGAGUGGCAUCCUGCAGCUUCCUUCAGGAUCUCCAUCUACUUUCUGAGCCUGCUACCCAGGCCUCAGAAUUGAGCCGUGUAUGUGGGUCUGUGAUGCCAUCAGAGCAGUCUGGUCUGGCUAGGAGAGAAAACGGGCCCUGCAUUGGAGGAGGUAAUUCCUGCCUCUUCUCACCUCCUGACCAGGAACUGGGGAUUUGGGAUGAGAUAUGGUAAAACUUGUAGAUGGGAAGAAAGUUUAUGGAACCAUUUUGAAUGAAUGGAUUGGUUUCCUGUGGCUCCCUCCAAACCCGGUCAAGUUCACUUUCUGGAGCAGGAACCAGUACCCUCUCGGUGCCCUACCUGCAGCAUUAUGUCAGGGAGGAAUGGAGACAGCCUUCUUGGACUCCACUGGGGCUGCCAGAACCCUUCUGGAAGAGUCAGACGGGUCAAACAACCGCCCUGGCCCCAGGAAGGGGCCAUAGGUAGCUCUGAAUAUCAGCAGCAAGACCACGAAAUGACUUGGGGAAGAACUUGGAACCAAGUGGCUCAUGGAGAAAACAAAUUUGAUUUAGGAAGGGAUUACGUAGGAAUAAUGUUUGGACUUGAUUUCCGCACCUCCUAAUCAAGAAUGAAAAUUUGGAUCUGCUCCUAGUCAGGCCCAGCAUCUCCAAAGCUUGGGAGGCUAUCUGCCAGCAGCCUCCACAGCCUUGGGCUCCCACCGGCUUCUGCAUUUGGUCUGCUGAUCAUGUUGCCAUAAUUGUAUGAAAAGUGUAACACCGUCUAUCAGUUAAAGAUGAGCUACCAGGUAUCUAACUUCUUUAACAUUGAGUUUUUGUGGUUUUUUUUUUUUUUUUUGGUAUAUUGUUUACAUUUUGAGAGGUAGCAUUCUGUUUUAAAUGCUUUUUGUUUUUCUGACAGUAUUGUUGAUUUGGGUCGAAACAUUUGAGCUAUGGUUUGGUGGAUUUUAGAUUUUUUUUAAAGGUCAUUCUCUGUGCUAUCUUCAGAACCUUGGAUUUAGCCCUCUAAUUCCUUUGGCAUUCAAAUGUUUAAAAGCUAUUUAUCUUGGUUUAUACAAGUUUUCUUUCUCUUCUUUUUGUAAUGAUGAAGAUAUUAUGUUUGGUUUGCAGUCUGAACAUAGAGAAAGUGAACUGAUCCCCAAGCUUUUGUCUGCCCCCACUCUUUUUUCCAAGUCCCACCUUUCCCUCACUGGGCAGUAAGGCCUCCGAGGGGAAGUGACUGCCCUCAGCCUCGCUCUUUGGAGCCAUGAAGAAAGGCUGAAUUGUCUUAUGGCAUCUUGGAACACUUGGGUCUCCCGAGAACAAAGGUAUAAGAACAGGACGCGGCUGACUGGGUGAGGCCUAGAUGGGGAUAAGGGCAGGAUUCUGCUCCCUUCCUUCCCUCUGCCAUUUCACCAGGCACAGCUUCUCCUGUCCUGCCCCGCCUCUCUUCUCUGAAAGUCCAUGGCUGAGAAAACUGGUCUCCCAGGUCUCCCAGCCAAAGUGAGGAGUCUCUGAACUCCACUUAGACCACUAGGUGAAGGCCUCUGGCCCUUGUUCCUGUUAAUGAACCACUGAGUCUUUGUUCCCCAGCGCAAGCUCCUUCCCUGUGCCCUGUGGUUUGGGGGUUAUGGGGCAGGCUGGAAGCCAGCAGUUGCAGGAGCACAGACUGAAGCAGUGCUCCAUCUCUCCUUAUCGAGCUCAGGGGUUACUGGUCUGUGGCAGGUGCCACGAGUCGCCCCUGUGGCUGUUCUCAGUGGCACUCUCUUAAGUUCCCACCACAGGCAGCUCCUCCUCCCCUUGCCCUCUUCCUACUUCACUUGUUUCUCUUGCCUGUGCUUUAGGCCUCGAAUAGGUCCCCUGGUCUUGCUCAGGGCUUGGGACUACAGACUCCUGCCCUAGUGACUUUCCCCUCUUCACAGUCUGCCAGGGCCUGCCCUGGGGAGGUGGACCAAAGACCCAGGACUUUUCUCAGUAGCCAAUCCCACCCAAUUGUCUUUUUACCAAUUCAAGUUGGGAGAGAGAACUUCCAGCACUCCCCCCAGCAUUUGAGCUACUCAAGUGUUAGGGGCCGGAGGGGACAGUGUGUUUAAACAACCCUUAGAGCUCUGGCCAUAGACCUUGGCUUCCCUGGUCUAGGGACCUCACUUCUUUGUGGCAGAAAUGUGGGGAGUGGGGUCUAGCCCGAGAACAGGAAUCAAAGGGAAAACCCAUUCACACAACUGCCCCCAAAUCUCCCAGCUAUCUGCAGGGGGCAGUGACAUGCUCUAGCCUUCCUCUGACAUGUGCCACUUAGGAAGAAUGCCUCCAAAGGGAAGAGGAGACUUGGCUGUCCCCAGCAGGUUGUGCUGAGAUCCUUCGGAGGCUGGGGAGGAAACUUCCAGAGGAGCCCUUUCCCCUCCUCAGAGCCAUUUUGUGAAGAAGUGGGAACCAAGAACCUUUGCAGGGAUGCCGGGUGCUGCUCAGCACACCCGAGCAUCAGGUCAGGUCAUUGUAAUAAAAAAAAAUGUGAAUGAAGUUUAGAUUCACCUUUUGGGGGAGCAGGAUAAACUACUGCCCCAAGAUACGUGUGUGACUUCUCGAUUUCCCACUGCAAUUUCCAUUUUUUAAAUAGGAAUUUUCAACCCCCUGUGCUUGUCUAAUGUCUGCUCCAAACAGUUCGAGACUCUGUUACUGUUUUAAAGUGCAUGCAUGUUAAAAUGAAUCUCCAACCCGAGGAAAAAAUAAAACUCAAAAAGUUUUGUGUA